AUGGAGUAUGCCAUACACGGAACUCUUGAAAACUUUGUUAAUAAAUGUUCACAAACUUCAAAUUAUAUUGCACAAAAUUGUGUAUUAAAUAUACUUAGUCAAGUUACAAUGGCAGUAGACUACAUCCACAAAAUGAAGAUUAUACAUAGUGAUAUUAAUCCAAUGAAUAUAUUAUUAACAGGAAAUCAAGGUACAGUAGUAAAACUCGGAGAUUUUGGCUCUUCUCGCAUAUUAACCAGUGACAAAAUUGUUGGUGAAAAUUGUUGUACGCCAUGUUACAUGUCUCCGGAGCAAUGUUUUGGGAAACCUUUGAGAUUAAAAAGUGACAUAUGGCAAAUUGGUUGUGUCUUAUACUAUUUGAUUACUACAAAACAUCCCUUUGUUGCAAACAGUUUAGCAGAUACUAUAUCAAGCAUUGUAGAAGGAGUUUUGAAUAUUUCAGAAAAAAUGAACUUUUACGACAGUGAUGUAAUAUUGCUUUUACAAGAGUUAUUGAGUCGUGAUCCAACAGUUCGACCUAAUGCAUCUGCUAUACUUUCAAAUCCAUAUAUAUUACCAUAUGUAUUGAACAGCAAUUGUCACUGGUCUAAAUCUGGUAGGAAAGCCUCGAACCAAAAUUAUUAA